CAAUCAGGAGUCUUUGCAUCACCGGGAAGUUUGAAUCUUUUAUUUUGCUUGGAAGCAAAAACACAUGGUGAGAAUUUCUUGGUUGAUGUCACAAAAUUUUCAAUGAACCGCAGCCAGAUUAAAAGUGGACGAUAGCCAAUUAAUUGACAAUGGAUCCGAAAAUAAAAGAGAGCCAGAUAUCCGUACAGCUUGAACUGAAGAAAAGAGAAAAGCACGAUGGGAAGUUGAUCGGAGUUGUUGAAAAUGGAAACCACAGCCACGGAAAUCACAUUUUGAGCACCAUUAUUGACUACUCCUUGAAGAACAACGAGGGGGUUUGUUUUGUGGCCCUUCUACACCCGCAGAGCCACUACAAUUACAUUGGAAUGAAAAUUGGUUUCAAUUUGAAGAGCUGUAUAGAGAAAGAACAAGUGAAGUUCAUUGACAAUUUGAAGGCAUCCCAAGAGAAAUUGCUAGACUCAAAUUCAGUUCAAACAGGCGAUGUUCUCCUACAGUGGCUUUGCAGACAAGUUGAAGAAAAUGUGAAAACCCUGCACAAAAAUUAUGAUCGAGUGGCUCUAAUCGUAGACGACAUCAGUGUGCUCCUCGGCUUGAAUUGCUCUGUGAAACAAGUGCAAUGCUUUCUUCAGUGGCUACUUGCAUCAAUUUUUAUUGAAAAUGGAGGGAAAAGAUCGUCUUUAGCUGUCCUAGCUCAUGUAGAAACAGAGGAUGAGGAAUCUAAAAGACUUGCUGCGUCUGUGAAACAUGCGUCUCAGUUUUUUGCCAACGUCGCUCCUUUGAGAACUGUUGUUAUUAACAGAGGAUAAAUUCUUAAUUUUUUUAAAUGGUGUAUAAUCAGUUUAUUUUAU